CACAGCACACGACCACAAACACGUAAAGAAAAAUUGCAUUCAUUCAAUUAUAACAACAACGGCACCAUGGAGCGACUCAAAGGUGAAGGGGUCCAAGACUGGCUCAGUCAACAUCUCACUGCUCCUUGGCAGGGACAUCAGACUGUGGCUUCUGAACUAGGAAAUGACAUCAUUGCCAACAUUAAAGAACGUUGGUCUCAACUCGACAGUGUGGUCCGUCUUGGCGUGCUCUUCUCAUUGAUCAGUCUUAAGAAAGCUCAACAACUACAACUCAAAGAUAAAUGUCAGGAGUUAAUAGAUCAUGCGUGCUCGGAUCCAGACGACUGGGUCCGACUGAUCUCCCAGAUGUUCAAAGACUAUCCAACAGAAGGAAUAUUGCGUUUUAACGUGGAACAGUUUGCAGACCAAGCGCAGCUUGGUUCUCUCAUGGAUGAACUCACCAAUCACAUCUCACAUGAUGGAAUCAAAUUUCAUCCAAAGGAGUUUGCAUAUUUGAAUGAUUCGGUUUGUAAAGCGGCCCAAGGAAAGGAUCCAAAGACAAAGACAUAUCCACCAAUCACAGGGCCCUCGCUACAACAACACUUCAACCUCCGGGAAUCACACCUCACUAUUCACACAGAGCGAGCUAAGAAGCUUAAGAAGAUGGCUGAACAAGCAUCGUCUGCUGCAGGUAACUUGUCUAUUUCCAUCGGUGGUACGGGCGUCGUAGGAUCUGCUGGGGGACCCCUUUCAGCCACUUCACCUGUUGGCCCAGGAUUAGGAUCAGCAGGCUUAACAGGAACUGGGGGCAAUGUAGCGGCUGGUGGAUCAGCAGCAACAGCGGGAUUGUCAUCGACACAGACUGUCCCUGGUGGACCCCCUCGGCCAACAAAAAACGCUUCCACAGGACUUUUUGUGCGUAAACCUACAGGGUCGUUUCUACGGAAUAACCCUCCGCGACCAAUGCCCAUACCUAGAAACCCUUCAACAGGGCAGCUUCCUCUUCGGUCACCAAGACUUGAUGGGUCUACUACACCACGUUUAAAUCAAAAAUCAAGUCGUAUUCAAAUCUUGGAUAUCCAGCAAGGAAAUGAAAUCAUGCAGAAUAUGAAUGACGAGAAGAGGAGGAAAGAAGAAGCUGAGCAGCGUGAGAAGGAAUUAAAGAAAGAGCAAAGAGCAUUGGAAUUGGAAGCCAAACGCCAGCAGGAUGCAGAAAAGAAGGCACAGGUCCAGAAAGAGAGAGAAGAGAAGAAACGCGAACGUGAGGAGGCCAAGAGAUUAAAAGAAAAACAGAAACAAGAUCGGGACGAGCAGCUGCGACAGCAGCGGCAACAUAAGGAGCAAGACCAGCAACAAGACCAAGAUCGACCACGUGGGCCUGAUGAGGAUGAAGAAGAAGAGGAUGACGAAGGAACCCUUUCUUCUUUGCCUGUCCGGAAACGGACGCGUAUUGCUAGCAUUAGUAGCUCGCGCAGAGGAUCCAAGGAUGACGGUGAUGAUGAAGACAAUUAUGAACAAAUGGAUCGCUCCUCUGGCGUGGAACCACCUAGCCCUAUUACGACGCCCUCGCGUAACCAACAAAACGAACAGCCAACACCCGAGGGCCAUCUCAAUAGCGAACAGUCUAUCAGCAACUCACAUACUCCUCCGCAGUCUUCCCAUCAGCCACAACAGUCUAGUAACGUGUUGGCGGAUCACCCCACAAUCUUCCAAAAUAUCAAUCUUUUGACUCCAGAAGACAGAGUAUAUAUUGAGGCAUUCUUGCAAGGACAUCCCAUGAAACGACCACAUGAGAAUGAAUCUCUGUAUCAGAUUGUUAUGAACCAGGAACAAGUGACGGAUGCUUCAGGCCGGCCGAUGUACGAAACCAUAUUGAUUGAAAUGAAUUUUGACACGGGUGAGUGGAAGAAGAUCAAGAGACGUCGAGCAAAACCUCAUGUACCAACAACUUCAGCACAACAAGUGCAUCCAAGUAAUUAGAAGUAAUAAUAAAGUAACC